UGGAAAAAUGGGGCGGCUCCUGCAAACCACAGGUGUUCUAUAAAAUGUCUCAUACCUUCCAGCUUUGAAUUGCAUUGUUUUACGCACAACAGUCAGAACAAAUCAUCGCGUAAAGCGGGUUAACCCUUUUCGAGCCGGUUCUUUCGAAUGAUUAACUUGAGUUCCAGCCUUCUGAUUUUACGGUGAAACAGUUGACAAGAGACAUCACAGCACCUGAAAAACUGCAAUUUACAAUUUGACCCGCAAUUUGAUAAUAAUGUCACUGGAAAAACCACAUAGCAGUUUGGAUUGGUUCUGCCUGAGGGUGGCCGUAGUCUUAACGGCUUGUUGGAUUCCUUCCAGUUCAGCCUUUGGCGAUGUCUUCGUGAUGAAUUCGUCUAAAAUCGAAAUUGAUUGCGUGAAUUUCUGCGAUACUUCUGAGGAACUUUUCAGUUCUGAUUGUCAACGUGGCUGCCGUUUCUUUGAGACCUUUAACACAGCUUCCGUGUUCGCGAAGUUUGACGACGCGGCUGCACUUCUGAGCUGCCGUCAAUCUUGCUCCGAGGCAUAUGGCAACGAAAUGGAAAAGAAAACUGCAUGCUUCGAAGGCUGUACGGAUGCUCAAAAGGAAUACAACAGAAUGUACACGAUGUCGAUUGAUUGGUUACAUGAUUUACAAAGCAACAUGACUUUCUUCCAAACUUUAUUGGAUGUAACGGGUGCUAUUGUGAACCCGAAACGAUUUGUAGAAGACAUUCCUUCUACUAGAAAAGUCGUAAAAACCAAAAGACCAGCAUUAGUAAACUUAAAUGCUCCAUUAAAGUUUGCGCCUCAAAAUACGAAUGCCAAAAAAAAUCUGCCGGAACAAGAAAGUGAUCAAUUCAGAAAACAGCAGCAAUCAACCAACACAGUGCCGGAAUGGAUUGCUCAAAGCGCGUUUAUCUUAUUCACGCUUGGUGUUGUCAUGCUACUGGGAACCUUUUGUUACUGCUGCUUUUUUGCGCAUCUCCUCAGACGCCAGAAGCAAGAAACCGCAACGGACUUACCGCCCAGCUACGAGCAGCUUGUCAGAAAUAGCUACGUCAUCGUGCAACCUUCAUUGCUAAAUGACUAUCAUCUUGUAAAAAGCGACAAACCAGAGGAAUCCUGUACCAUCAAUUUGGAUUCCGAUACAGGAGCGAACAACAUUUCAGACGUUUAUAGAUCUGACAACGACGAAGUUCGUUUACCGCUUAGAUAUGAAACGGAAACUGCGUGAGUAAAAUCUAUAACGAAUGGACAGAUGAAACUGGUGUUACUGUAAUAUCCAGCCUAACAACUUCUGUAAAUAUUGUAUAAAUACGUAUAUUUAUUAACAACACUUUUCCCUAAAAAGAGUAAAAGCGUUUCUUUGAGCUAAUUGCUGUGUGAAUUAGCUCAAACUUUCUCUUGGCAUGGAACUGUUAUGUACAUAAUUCAAAUAAACUGUUAAAUUUUGUCGAA